UUUCACUGAAAAACCACACGAUGGCCGACGCGGCGCCAUCACGGGUCGUAAUAACCAGGCAUCCUAUCAAGCAGUAUGUCCCGCUGCGCACCGCUCGGCAAGGUUCGGCGCCAGGGCUGCGGCCGCGCAUGCUGACUAACCUCAAGCGGGAGCAUGGAGCCGACCCAUCUUGCGCUGUUGCGAGAUGGUCCAAGCCUAUAAAACCAUUUCCGCCACCACAACAGCCCGAGUUGAGUCGGCCAAGAACGGCAAACGGAUCUGGCAGCAAGAAGCUCCAACACGCCCUUGUCUGUGCUCGAUUACUUGCAGAAAACAAAGCGUAUGAGCUGGCUGCCCAGCGAGCUGAGGCGUUCGCGAGCGGAUAUCCAACAUCAAAUGCCGUUCUUCCUCCAGACAAGAUACAACCUCGGGGGCGAUGUAAAAGUGCCAGCAGUGUCAAGCGCGCUGUCAGGCCGUUAAAGGAGCCGAUGCAACCGCAACCACCGUCGUCCAACCUCAACAAUAGCAGCAACAACAACCAGCGACAGCACCACCUGCCUCGAUGCAAAUUUCAAGCGGUCGAGCACGAAGUGAUUUCCAUUGCAGCCAUCACGAAUGCCCUCGCGGCAAUCGUGACAAAGCCAGCAAACCGACCGGAGCGCGACGAGAUCUGUUUUGGCAUGAUGAACGACGGCAAUGGCCAGUCCACGACAUUGGAUGGAUAUGUCCUUGGCAAAGUCGUCGGCGUUGGCACGUUCGGAAAAGUGCGUGUCGCCACGCAUAAAGUGUCAAGCCAGGUGGUCGCAAUCAAGUCGUACGAGAGGAGCCGCACGAAAGAUGCGGGGCAGUGGAAGCGCAUUCAGUACGAGGCAAAGCUGAUGGAGAAGCUUGAUCAUCCAUACAUCAUUCGACUGUUUGAAACGAUCGAAACGCCGACGAAGCUUCACAUUGUCAUGGAGAACGUCAGCAGCGAUGUGGGAAACUUGUGCGAAUUUGUCAAGCGACAGAAGCGGCUGGCCGAAGACGACGCCGGUCUGCUCUUCAUGCAAGUCCUAUCUGCAGUGAUGUACAUGCACAGCAUGCAGCUUGUGCAUCGCGAUAUCAAGCUCGAGAACAUACUCUUGGAUCGGUAUGGCAACACCAAGCUCGUGGACUUUGGCUUCAGCGCAGUUCAGACCACUUCCAAGCCAUUCUCGACGUUCUGCGGGACCCCAUGUUACAUGGCACCUGAAAUCAUCCACCGUAAAACGUACUGGGGCCAGCCCGUCGACGUGUGGAGCCUCGGCGUGCUCCUCUUUGCCAUGUUGUGUGGGUACUUUCCUUUUCGAGCGCGCAACUACAACGAUUUGUACCGGAAGAUCGUGAAGGGAGGCUUCGACAUUCCUGGAUUUGUCACUCCAGACGCCCACGCGUUGCUGCGGGGAAUGCUAGAGGGCGACCCGAGCAAGAGGCUUCAACUCCACGACGUUCGCAACCAUGCAUGGACACGCAAAUUUCACACCGCUCGUCAUCAACACUUGCCCCUCUACCGGCAGCUAAGCCUGGACCUCCUCGCUGAUACCGUCCGCUCUGUCCUCCAACACCAACUGCUCGAUCACAUCGAACACUUGGGCCUUCCACGCAGCAUGGUGACGACUGCGCUGACUGAAAAGCGAUACAACGGCUUGUCCACACUGUAUUAUCUGUUGCUCGCUCGAGCCGAGUCCAUGUGUCGCGACGCCGCUUUCCCUGCCUCGACGCCAACGGUCCAUGUGUCCUCGUCCGCUCCAUCCCCUAUUGCUGCCACGUCGUCACUCACUGCAUGCACUCCUCCGUCCGCCACGUCGGAAGCACCGCCUGCUCGAGUUCAACCCGAAGCGUCGGUCACGCUGGACUCGCUGGCUCAACUCAGUGGGUCGCCACCAUUGCCGCCGCCAGAAGACGAUUUUGACACCGAUCCGUGGCUAAGUCGAGAGCUGCAGGACGUGGUCGAGAUCUUGCAUCGGGGCAUAUGAUGUUCCCAAAACUGUAAUGCCAGCUUUUGAAGCGUCGUUACUUAUCUCGUGCGGUGCGAUGUAGCGGCGGCAUCUCGACCCUCUUCGAGGGAGUUCCGCCCCCUGUGUGAGGUUUCUUCGUUGUAAUGAGGGGGAGGCUCGACUGGAACCCUCCUCCCUUGGACGCAAUACCUUGUAUGGCCUUCGCAUGGGGCAGUUUCGGUAAGAAGGUCCCGUUUUUCGCAGCCACCUGUCGCUGCAAGUCGCUGCACUCUGUCGUGCUCGCGUCCAACUGGAUUUGGGUCGUCGCAAUCGCCUCUUGCAGUCGAGCAAUUUCCCGUUGCAUCCGCUGGAUUUCAUGGGUCGUCGUCGCUUGGACGUGGAUGGCUUUCUGCAUGUAGUACGCUUCGUCGGUUCGGGCCAGUGCCAUUUCCUUUUUGAGGAGCUUCACCUUGGCGUUUUCCUUCUCGGACGCGUUGACCGACGCGGGUUGGUUGAGCUGUCUCCAUGUGGCCUUGAGCUGGUCGUGGCGAAGUUGUGCUGCCUUGAGAGUGGCUUCGUCGUCGGUGGGAGUCGCGGUUGGGGGCUGCUGACGUUUCAACGCGUGGAUCUUUUUCCGCAUCGUGUCCAGGUCAGUCAUGGUGCGCUGCAGCAGCGUCUCCCACUCGUUCGAGUCAAUGCUGUCUUUUUGUCGCUUUGUGACUUUUUCUAGGCUCUUGUGUUCGGACAUGAGCUGGUCGAUGACCAUGUCGAGCUCACGGUGGCUACACGUUUUGGCCAUCACUCCGUCCUGGGAGGAAUGCCCCGUGGAGUCUUUACUGGUGGUCACGAAGAGUUGCUUUAGCCGGAGAUUCUCUUCUUGGACUUCGUGCAGCACUGCCAGCGCCGCUUGGAUUUCGUUGUCCGUGGCGACGAUCUUGGUAUGGACGCCACUAUCACGCGUUCGUUUGGCCGACGUCCCCUUGCAGUCGGACGUUUGGUGGUGGUCUUUUGGCGGCGAAUACGCAGCGACAACAGCUGGGUGGAGUUGCGACACCGUCUUGAAGGGCCUAGGGCUCGACGCUCCCUUCUUUCGAGCUGCAGACGCAGUCUGGUUUGGGUUGUGGCUGAAUGUUCGUGGUGGUCGCAGCCCCGACGGCUGUUUGGGCUUUUUCGUUGGCGACGAUGGAAAGAGUCGCUGCAAGGUGGCUUGAACGUGCGUCUUGUUCAAGCAACCAUCGACAUGCACUACUCUCGUGUGCUGUACUAAGAGGGCUUCCAUUUCGGCGCUGUGGGCACGAUAUUGCGCCAACCUAGCGCGCACGGCACGCUCCGUGUCAUCCGAUCGCAACUCGACGUCCACUCCAGGCGGCGGGGGGUCAUAUAUCGCGUGAUAGGUGUGUCCGGUCGCCGAAUCGACUCGUCGUCCUGUGAUGCGGUGGAUGGCAUCGCUGUCGUCGACGACAUCGAGGACAAUGACGAGACUUGGCAUGACCGCGUGCUCGACCAAUGCCUUCACUUGUCCUGUUGUGCGAGGGAAGCCAUCGAGCACCCAACCCUUGGUCGCGCACUCGCGACCCCGAAGCAGCUCCAUCGUAGUCCCGAUGAUGAGCACAUCGGGCACGACGUCCCCUGCGUCCACGUAUUCUUUGGCCUUGGUGCCAACACGGGUCCCACCUUUGAUGGACCGACGCAACAUCUCGCCGAUGCUGAGAUGAACAAUGCCCAAGUGCUCGCGAAGCCACUGGCUAUAGUGCGUUUUUCCUGCUCCAGGAGGUCCUAGAACGGCCACAGUUGCAAGCGCUGCUGCUGGCGGUGGCAAAGUUGCGGCUGGCGCAUGCCGUAGUACUGCAUUCUUGGCCUGUUUCAAGUCCGCCUCGGACAAUUGUCCUGUUACGGCAAGCGCGUUCUUCGCAGCAUUCUCGAUCGAAGCGUCGAUGUGGCGGACGACGUCGGCCUUCGGCAGCAUCCCGUC